AGUAGAUCAUUGCUCAGCAAACCAACCACAUCGUUUCGAAUUUUCCAGGUUUUUUUUUUCCGUGCAAGGAAAUUAUUUUGUUCGGGUAACAAGCAAAAUGUCCAACACGAUGAAUCAGCCAGUGGGCAACAGCAUUGACAAGAGACUGAACAACCGUGUGGGUCCGAGCACUGAAACUCGCGACAACGAACGCCCAAUGGCCUUGCCCAAGUCCCUGGCCAAUUGCCCUGAGAUCGCCAAGCUUUCGAUCAAGCCGGAACCAAUUGCCGAAGGACACGGCGCUGCUGCACACGUCACUUACACUCGCGGUCAGAUCUUGACCAUUGGUCUGCUACUGGCCGAUAAAUUGGCCGACCCAAAGACAGAGAACCAGGUCUGGCCAGCGGCCAAGGAGGUAAAGACGCGCCUUCGCUCUGUUGGCAUCUACAAGAACCGCCUGGUGGCGCCCUCAACAGCUUUUGCCGCCAAAUGCGCUGGAGAUCCAGGCGCCCAUGGUUGCUGCAACUGGCGGCUGCGAGGCGAUGCUCGUUUCCCCAAUUAAAAGGGCAAACAACAA